AUGACUUCUUCCUCUUACCUUCUGUAUCAAACAUCCUCACAGUCAAUCAAGCGACACCCACCCACAAUCGUGACAAGAAACGAUAUCAACAUGCCCGGCUUCUCCCAGAAGCCGUUUGACCCAUUCACGCAGAAUGACACAACAUCACCAACUGGCUUCCAGCCACCCCAGCCAACAAGACGGCCCCCGCCAGUACCUCUGCAACAGCCUGGCAUGAGCAUCUCAAGCUUUUCGCAGAGGCCACUUGAGAUGCCCACCCCAAUUGACAUGGAAUCACCUGCAAUCUCCCAAACCAGUAGCAGAAACAACAGUGAUCCCAUGCGAGAACGCAACAAUUCGGUGGCACAAAGCAGUGCUGGGACUAAUGUAUCCAGUGAGGCCCGUGGCAAAAGCCCGAAUAUCUUUGCUUCUUUCCUGGGUAGGACGCCCCGAAUGACCAAGAAUGGAAAGCAGCAAAAGAAACGUGGGCCCAAGACCGACUCCAAGCCGGCGUUGAACUCGAAGCAAGAGAAGAAUCGACAAGCCCAAAGAAAUCAUCGGGAGAGGGUUGCAGCAUACACCAUGACGGUCGAGAAAGAAGCUAAUAGGGCUCGAGACGCUCUGAGGCUGACGGAACAUGCUCUUUCGUUGGCCAACAACGAGAACUCUGCCUUGGCAGAAGAGAACCGCAAACUCACACACCAGAGUGGUGUCUUGACGCAGCUCCUACGAGUCAACAACAUCGGGGUCCCCAAUUUUAGCACGACUCCGCUCUCCUCUAACGGCCAGCAAGGGUCCGCACGUAUCGAUGGUAGCCGUGCCGCCACCGAGGCGCCCCGUCCCUCGAACCAACAGCGAGAAUCACCAUACGGCGGCCACCCCAACAGCUCACAGAAUGCUCUUGGAGGCUUCAGUCCAAACGGCCGUGGCUUGUCUCCAGCGUCCCCAGCUUAUCCUUAUGUCCAUGGUGGAAUCAUGCAAGACGUCGGCGCUCCUCAGAAUGGCUUCUCGGGAGGCAGCCACACGUCACCGUCGUCUGGCAAAAACCCUUACGCGCAGGAGUUCCCCAGCAGUCAAGUUAACUACGCUAAUGAGUCUGCUUUUGCUGGAACACCUUACGCCAAUACCAAUUAUGAUAGUCCUUACGCAAGCACGAACCACAAUGGCAGUCAGACCCAUGUACCGGCCAAUCAGUUUGAAGCUCAAUCGAUGCCGCAACAGAACCAUGCAUUCACUCAAGGUCACGCGCAUGCUACACCAGCUCUGGCGACUCAGACGUCCUACGGCAACGCUUCGAGUCCUUAUGCGAAUCCAAAUUACCACAGCAGUCCUGAGGAUUCGCAAGUCAACCAAUUCCAAGUCCAGUCAAUGCAGAUGCCGCCUCCAAAUGGAAUUAGCGACUAUCAGACAUACCCUGCAAUGAACAUUACAAUCCAGAGCCCCUACUUCAACGAUUCCUCCGACCAGCAGCCACCAAUUCCUGAUGUCGCUCCCCACGGGACAAUCACGUUCACCAAUGUCUCGAAGUACGAGGUGUCUCAUCCAGCUGAGGUUGCCCAAUGGCGCCUCCUCACGCCCGAUAUAGAGGAGCCAGAGAUGACACGCGAGUUCGCCAUUCCUUUCAUCCUCGACCUCGAAGCGGGAUGCCGUGACCACGUCGCUUUCAUGAUCAACCGCUCCAAUGAAGCCGCAGCCAAUUCCAACCCUACAUCUCAUGAGGAGUACAAUCACAAUGGCCACGGUCUCAUGGUAUCCUCGACGCACUGGCAUUCCUUAGUGAAUAAUGGGAGCGACCCCUUACUCCCCACCGCGCCUGCCAUGGAUCAAUCCGACCUGCACUUCAUCGAAUCCCUCAUCAACAGCGCCGAUCAGAUCCCGCUCCGUGGCGAGAUGACACCCGUGCAGGCGUGGACUUGGAUGAAGCAGCAGCGUGGCCGCGCCGAUUGGCUGUGCAACGAGGACUGGGAGAAGCUGUGGAAGAUUCUAAAGGAUGCUUGUCGAUGCUACGGGUUCGGAGCUGUGGUAGAGAAAUAUGAAGUGGAGAAUGCGAUGCAUGAGGUUUACUGCGCGAGGCAUCCGGAGAUGAAUAGGGAAUGGGAUUAA